GGGAGGGAGCAGCCGCUCCAGCAUCCCUGAAGCGCAGAGGUGCUGUUGUAAUGAUGCAGGUUGGGUUUGGGUUCUCUCUCCGAACGGAUCGAUUAGAAUGAUAGAUUAUGAUGGAUUAUUACGUGGGAGGUUACCCGGAUGUUGAAGGCUGAGAUUUGAUUCGUUCAGGAUGAAGAAGCAGUUCAACCGAAUGCGGCAGCUCGCCCACCAGACCGUGGGCAGAGCUGAAAAAACUGAAGUGUUGAGUGAUGAUCUGCUCCAGGUUGAAAAGCGACUGGACCUGGUGAAGCAGGUGUCCCACAGCACACAUAAGAAACUGACUGCCUGUCUUCAGGGGCAGCAGGGAGUGGAAGUGGACAAAAAAUCGGUCAGAUCUCCAUCGAAAAAGCUGCCCCUCACGACACUCGCCCAGUGCUUAAUAGAUGGAGCGGCUGUUCUGGGGGAUGACUCGCUGUUGGGGAAGAUGCUGAAGCUCUGUGGAGAGACGCAGGACCAGCUUUCUCAGGAGCUGCUGCUGUUUGAGGUGCAGAUGGAGAGGGAGGUCAUAGAGCCGCUCUACACGCUGUCUGAGGUUGAAAUUCCAAACAUCCAGAAACAGAGGAAACAUUUAACCAAACUGGUGCUGGACAUGGACUCUGCUCGGACACGGUGGCACCAGUCCUCCAAGUCUUCCACUUUGUCCAUUAAGGAGCAGUCAUUAGGAGCCAAAGCCGAUGCUCUGAGGGAGGAGCUGGAGGAGGCAGCCAAUCGCGUGGAGAUCUGUAGGGAUCAGCUCUCAGCAGACAUGUACGGUUUUGUGGCCAAAGAAACUGACUAUGCAGACUAUUUCCAGACGCUGAUCGAGGUACAAGCAGAGUACCACAGGAAAUCUCUAGAGCUGCUCCAGAAUGUUCUUCCUCAGAUUAAAGUGCACAAAGAGUUGUGGGUGGAGAAGCCGUGUUUCGGGAAACCGCUGGAGGACCACCUGAGCCUGACCAGCCGAGACAUCGCCUUCCCCAUCGAGGCCUGCGUCACCAUGCUGCUGGACUGCGGCCUUCAGGAGGAGGGUUUGUUCCGAGUAGCUCCCUCAGCCUCUAAGUUGAAGAAGCUGAAGGCCUCUCUGGACUGUGGAGUUCUGGACGUGCAGGAAUAUUCAGUUGACCCUCACGCCAUAGCAGGUGCGCUGAAGUCUUACCUGCGAGAGCUUCCUGAGCCGCUCAUGACCUUUCACCUCUACAAUGAAUGGAUACAAGCAUCUAAUGAGCAGGAUCAGGACAAGUGUCUACAGGCUCUUCUGCUAGUGUGUGAGAAACUGCCCAAAGCCAACAGCAACAACUUCAGAUAUUUAAUAAAGUUCCUGGCAAAGCUGAGUGAGUUUGAGGACGUUAACAAGAUGACUGCAGGAAACAUAGCCAUCGUCCUGGGACCCAACCUGCUGUGGCCUCAGACAGAGGGGACUAUAACAGACAUGAUGACAACUCUGUCCCUGCAGAUCGUGAGGAUCAUUGAGCCCAUCAUACUGCACGCUGACUGGUUCUUCCCUGGAGAUAUCGAGUUCAAUAUAACAGGGAACUACGGCAGUCCAAACCACACCAACCACAACUCCGUCUACAGCUCCCUCUGCCCCGACACUGACCGCUCUGAUCACACUGACCACAUUGACCACAGACUGGAACACAGACGGCCACUCAGCGUCGCCACGGACAAUAUGAUGCUGGAGUUUUACAGGAAAGACGGCAUCAGGAAGAUACAGAGUAUGGGUGUGCGUGUGAUGGACAGCUCCUGGGUUUCCCGCAGAGGCUCUUCUUCCUCUUCGUCCCAGAAGAGUUCGUCCACGCCUCCCUCUGAUUCACUAAUCCCUGAGCAGCUGGGGGAAAGCUUCACCUCCCCCACCCAAACUCCACCCCCUAAUAGCAGUGACAGGACCAGUGCUGGGAAGAGUAAGGAACUCUCACCUGUGAUUGGACACAGAGGUCUUCAGGUGUCGCCCCCUUCUGGACACACACAUAUAUCUGACCACAGCCUGCACAAAGUUAAGAAACUGGCCCCUGUUGCUCCUAAAUCUCCAUAUGCUCAGUCCGGCAGUAUGUCUGAUCCCUCCCCCUGUCAGCCUUCACCAGUCAGCCUGUCCCCGACCCCCCCCACCACACCGUCCUUCGGCUACCCACAGGUCUACGCCACCAUCAGCUCUCCUGGACACAGUGCCCCCGGUGCCCUGUCCUCCCCCCUGCUGCUCUCCGCCACCCUCCCUAAAGCUCGACCCAUCUCCAAACCCCCCCGACACAGGCCCAGCCUGCCUCCACCCCGUCCCCCCAGCCCCCCAUCUGUGGAGCCCGCUGGCACCGCCCUGCUGGACACAGUGAGCCCAGGAGAGAGCAUGUCCACAGAUUCUGUGCUCAGUCCAGAUCUUCCCAUCAUUAACAUUCAACCAGAUGUUCAGGACGGGAGCCCUAGCACCCCCAUCAGGACGUCUGGAACACUGUCUGAAUCAGAGGAUGAAUGUGAGAGCACUAAACUCUGACCUGAUGAGAGUCCAUUACAGCCCAGUUCUCCGCUCUCCAUUAGUGACCAAUCACUCCUCCAAACAUUCACCAGCUCCGCCAACCAAUCCGAUUGCAGAAACGUCGUUACACGGAACGAGGAUUAAAUACGAGUUAUGUGUAAGUUAUCGGUGUAACUAAUAUAAAGGAAUCAGUGGA